GCGUCACGUCCGGGCGGCGGAGAUGCCGGUAAGGCUGACGGGGGCCGGGCGCUCCGCCGGGACUCGCUGUCCGCCGCGGGGCUGGGGCGGCCCCGGGCUGGCGGGAAGGGGAGGGUUAGGGCACGCGGCCCGCUGGGGUGCGGCCGUAGGGGUACGGCGCCGCGUAGGCCUCGAGCCGCGCCCGCCGCUCUCCCGGGCCCACUAUCCCGGGGCGGGCUGAGAGGUGGCGGAGCGCAGCGGUGGGGCGGCGGGGCGGGGCGGGGCGCUCCGCUGUGCUCUCACCGCCGUCGCUGCUGUCCCGACCCUGUGCGGCAGUACCCCGAGCACCGCAGGAACGCUUUUGAUUCUCUGUUAGGUGAUUUUGUAAUUGGGAUAAACGGGAGGAGCGGCGGGAACUUCGGUUUGUUCGCCCCUCAUUAGUAUCAAAGCCCUUUUUUGGUAGUUAAGAACGAUACAUCCCUGUUUUAGCUUGUGGUACAAAGAAGGAACGUUGUAUGACUGUCUGUGAAAUAGUGUCUGAAGAGAACUUACCUCACAAAUCCCUAUACCUAUCUGUAUCCAACAACCAAUUUGUCACCGUCACCAGUAGGACAUGUUACAGGAAAAGCAGAGGUUUCCUAGUGGUGGGGUUAAAUUGAAUAUUUGUGCAACGCAACUUCGUGCAGAAGGACCAUCACUUUGUUUUAUACUUCAGAAAAUAUGAGAAUAAGCAGAGUGUUGUUCUCUCUGAACUAAAAGUAUAUAUCUGUGCCUUGCUGAGGACAGCUGCAGGAAUUGAACGCUUGAAUCAAUGUUAUCGGAUGAGUUAGAAUCCAAACCAGAGCUGCUGGUUCAGUUUGUUCAGAAUACUUCUAUUCCACUAGCUCAAGGGCUGGUGGAAUCAGAGCCAAAAGACAUCACCUGUCUUUCUCUCCUUCCUGUUACUGAGACCUCAGAAUGCAACAGACUCAUGUUACCAGAUGAUGAAAGAGAUCUCACUUCUCCAAGUCACGCUAAUUCUUCCAAAGAUGUCUCUUCAUCUGCUGUGCUGAGGAGCCUCCAGGUAAACGUGGGCCCUGAUGGAGAGGAAACAAGGGCACAGAAUGUACAGAAACCAUCUGAACUUCUGUCAUCUCCAGAGACUUCCAGUUUACUGCAAGACCUCCAGCCCAGUGACAGCACUUCAUUUAUUCUUCUCAACCUAACAAGAGCAGGGCUGGGCUCUCCAGCAGAGCACUUGGUGUUUGUUCAAGAUGAAGUAGAAGAUUCUGGGAAUGACUUUCUCUCUCAUGAUAGCACAGACAGCAGUACUCCAUGGUUCCUGCGAGUGCAGGAAUUGGCCCAUGACAGUUUAAUUGCUGCAACUCGAGCACAGCUCGCUAAGAAUGCCAAAGCAAGCAAUAAUGGUGAAAAUGUUCAUCUUUGCUCAGGAGAUGGGCAACCGAAAGACUCUAGCCCCAUUCCUCACCUAUCUCGUGUGGAAAGGAAGCUGAAAUGCACAGUUGAAGGCUGCGAUCGGACAUUUGUGUGGCCAGCUCACUUCAAGUAUCAUCUGAAAACACAUCGGAAUGAUCGCUCCUUCACCUGCCCAGCAGAAGGCUGUGGAAAAAGCUUUUAUGUCUUACAGAGGCUGAAGGUGCACAUGAGAACUCACAAUGGUGAAAAACCCUUUGUCUGUACAGAGCUGGGCUGUGGGAAACAAUUCACAACAGCUGGAAAUCUGAAGAACCACCUACGAAUUCACACUGGGGAAAAACCCUUUCUGUGUGAAGCACAGGGAUGUGGUCGCUCCUUUGCUGAGUACUCCAGCCUUCGAAAACAUUUGGUUGUCCACUCAGGAGUGAAGCCCCAUCAGUGCCAAAUUUGUGGGAAGACAUUUUCCCAAAGUGGUAGCAGAAAUGUGCAUAUGAGGAAACACCACUCCCGAAUUGGAACAGGUGGCAGCAGAGAGCAAGAACAGCCAGAGUCGUUGAUGGGCAGUAGUUUGCUGGAAGAAUCUACAGUGCAUAGUAAGAAUCUCAUCUCCGUGAACUCUCAGCCCAGCCUUGGUGUAGAGUCUUUACACCUGCCAGAUACUGAGUCUAUUAUCGGAGUAGAGGAGGGUGAGACCAGCUGCUCUUUCUUCCGCCCUCUUAUAUGUAGUGACUGAAGUGGGAUUGAUCGUUCCUCCUAGAGACUCACCAUGUUGCAGUGGGAUGAGUAAACACUGUUUUAACUGUGCACAGAGUGAGUUGGGUAGAUGGCGAACAAAUGAUAAAGCUGGAGCUGGAGAAGACGUGCUGGACCAAGUUUCUCUCUGCAGAGCUCAAAAUGUGGUCUACUGCUUAAAUGUCAUUUAGCCCAUGUUGUGGAACGCCAUUUCAAAACUGUUCAUGCAGUCCAUUCUCCUAAAGCCUAAAGCACUUGUUGUACUGGAGCACUUAGAAGUUCCAGUUAAGGACCAGGAUCUCAUUGUGUUAGGCACUGUACUGAAUGUACAAACAUUCAGUAUCUUGAGCAACAGGCCUUUCAUCCUUUACCUUCAGAGACUAUAUUCUAAUACAUCUCACUGUCAGGAGCUGACUUAAUAUCUGAAAUAAAUGUACUACUUGGUAUCAUUUAAUUACAA